AAAUAUUCAAUCAAUAAGUGCCAUUAAAAUAUAUUCAAAUAUUUCAUUUUAAAUUUUCCCGCGUAAAUAAAUGAAAACGCUAGAGGCCACGUUGCUGACGUCAUUUCGGCCGUAAACAUCAAGUAAAAAUGCUGUGCAUAGAGAAAGAGCAAUUUAUUACAAUUCAAAUAAGCUACUAUCCUUAUCAUUGGUGUGUUGUUCCUGAAUUUAAGAAUACUAGUGUGAAAAUGCCGAAAAAAUUGUGGAUUCAAGUGCCAACUGAUAUAACUAUGACGAAAACUUGGUUUAACUUGCGAGAAGAGAUCGAAAUUUAUCGUCCGAAAAAUUUGUCUAUUUCGAUAAAUUAGAAAUAAUGAACGCGUAUUGACACUACAAGUAGUUUACUUACUUGAUGACGUCGCAUCAUGGCCACACGAGUUUCGCAUAUUUGUAAAACAGAUAAAAAAGGUCAGAACUUUGAACUGAAUUUAAAAAAUUAUUUUAUAAUUUUAUGAACUGAAACUACUAUUUUCCGAUUGUUUUUUGAUUGAACUAUCUUAUUUAUGUAUUUUUGUCUUUUUUCUCACAUACACUAAAAUACCCUAUUGUCUUGGGCAAUAGAGAGAGGAACUUAGGAAGGAAAGAAGGGCGAAAGGAAAGUGCGCUAAGGUAGGAAUCUAAAAAAGGAUUCUCAAGUUGGGCGGAUGGGAAGAGAGGGGUGAAAUUCGAUGGAGCGAGAGUUCCCCGAAGCAAAGAAAGGGUUAUGGAUAAAAUUGUUUGGUAAGGUGACCUAAAAAGGUUAUUUGUCAGAAUUCGCGAUGGUUCUGUGCACUGCACCACCUGUCCUUAUGGUACCCACGCCAUUGAGCCAAUGCCUAAAAAUAGUUUAAAUAUAAUAAAAUACAGUGUUGUCAUCCAGGAGAACAGUGAAGCAUCUUUUUCUAAACCUAAGCCCCUCUUCCCUUUUGUAGCUUUCUUCUCUGUAACUGUGCAAUAAAUAAAUAAAUUUUAAUAAAUGUAUUGCUAUGCUAAUUUUGAAAAUACCUCUCCUCUGUAUUUGAAAGAAAUGCCUUAAUUUUUCAAAUUCAAGUCCAUGUAUUUUAUGGCUAGAAUAGAAUACACUCGACAGAUGGCACUUUGUUGCAAAAAAAUUCAAUAUUCAAAACAUGAAAGUCCUGUUCCGGACUGAGAUACUAAAUUGUAUAAACAAAUAAAUGAACGGAAUUGUGUGAACAGAAACUGGGACUUUAAUAACAAAUACGAAUUCAAAUGUAUUUCUAACCGAUAAUUAUCUCAAAUACGGUAAUUGUGACGUACAUCACUAAUCAUUUUAAUGGCCGCUGCGGGCAGCUGUCUGUUCUGUCAGUGACAUUUCGUUUGCUUCGUGUAAAUUUUGCAAUGUACAAGUUAAAAAUCCGUCUAUUUAUCAAGGAAUAUGGUGUACAUCAAUAGAUAAUGGUUAUUUUUGUCACCUAUUUAUUUGUGAAUUAAACAAACUGUGUGAAAGACGUUACACUUGUAAUUUUUCAUUAUAAUGGAGGAUCUCAAUUUGACAGAAACCGAAAUGAGAUAUUUCGGUGAUUUGUUUUUAUGUUGCGACGAAGAAUCUAAUGGGAAAAUACCGAUUUUGAAAGCAACGGAAUUAUUUAGAUCGUCGAACAUACCGAACGAUGUCCUCAAACAGAUUAUGGAUAUUAGUGUCGCGCCGAACAGUUGCGCGGCUUUGAAUCAUAUGAACAGGAAGCAGUUUUAUUCCGCACUCAAAUUAAUAGCUGCGCAUCAAACAAACAUGAGCUUGAAGCCGGAGCUCUUGUGUAUGCCCCUGGACCUUCCCCUGCCGCGGUUUACCUGGGCGCUCAACUCGGAGGCGAGUGCCGACCUCAUACAAUUAUCAAAUUCCCCCAAAGAGCAUCACAUGUCGAAGCGUGAGAGAAAUUUUGUUCCUAAUCUUGGUGCUUACGAACCAAUAAGAUUAUCGUCCAACCUGUCUGACAGUGAUGUUCCACAAGCCUUAUCUCACGACGCCACGGAAGCUUUAAGUACAGACUCUGAAAUAGAGUCGGAAACAAUGUCACAAAGAUCUGGAUCACACGGGAGAAGAGGUAAAACGGGGUCGCCAUGGAGCACGGCGAGUGAAAGCCCCACGCCAACUAACAGCGUAGCAGAGAGAGUUCACCCAGUGUGGGAGCACAGUGCCACCGGUCGCGGAGUGUGGCCCACCAACACCGGCGAGGAGCAUACGAGACUGUUAGGCACUGAGGAAGAGUCGUCUGAUCGGCAUUCGUCAGAAGACGAGGGCGAGGUUGAACCCGGAGACGACAUUUGGUCAAUUAGCGAAGCGCAGGCGCAUCACUACGCCUCGCAGUUCGCGCAGCUACGGCCCGAGCGCGGCCUGCUCUCCGGACAAACGGCUAGGUUAUUUUUUGAAAAGUCGCGACUUCCUGUCCCUGAUCUUCGGAAAAUUUGGCAGCUAUCUGACAUCACCAAAGAUGGAAUGUUGACCUUGGAGGAAUUUAGUAUAGCGAUGCACUUGAUCGUACUGCGGCGGAACAAUAUCCCCGUGCCGGACACGUUGCCUCCGCCGCUGGUGCCCAAGGUGGACUCGCGGUUCUCGCAGCAGGCCGUCACAACUGAUCUCGUCGACCUCGGGGCCGACAUGUUCGGCUCCGGAACCUCGGCCGACUUCAACUUUGCGCCUAAAAUAGAGGCCGCCGAUCCUUACGAAGUGAAGAACACUCGGCGUGCAGAUGACCGUCGUCCUUCCCUCUCCCCGCCUAAACCAGAAGCACAGCCGAACAAUAAAGAAUGGACCAAAUUCGUCGAUUCGCCCACCUCGAGCGUGUCUAGUCCUGGCCCGAAGCCGGUCAACUUCGACUUCCAGCGUGCCGCCGUCGAACGAGACCCUAAGAUAUUCCACCCGGUGGCGCUGCGAGUGACGCCAGACGCGGGCGCGCCCUCCGGCGACGGAGACGCGCGCGCCAGCGCCUCGCCGCGCCGCGACGACAUCGCGCACGCCUUCGAACUCGCCAGCCCCAAGCGGCUCAACUCGCAGCCGCCCGCAGAGCCACCGCCGAACAACGGGGCACCUGCCGACAUUCGCCCCAUACAACGACCGCAGCCGCGCAAGCCGUUGAAGAGCGCCGGCGUGCUGCCGCCGCCGCCCGCGCGCGAGCCCUCCGUGCACGCGGACGAGGGCCCGCACUCGCUGCAGCCGGCGCCGCGCAAGGAGCCGCCCCCGCCGCCGCCGCCGCGCCCACUGCGCAACCACGCGCGCUCCAGCUCGCUCGACCUCACGCGGCUCAAGAGCGGGCCCGCGCCGCCGCCGCAGCCGCCGCCGCGCACCUCGCCGGGCGGCGCCGCGGGGCAGGCGAGCGCGGGCGCAGGUGCGGGAGCUCGCGCCGGCGAAGCGGCCGGCGAGGGCGCGCGCGAGUACGACGCGGAGGGGUUCGGGUACAACCGCGAGGACGCGGCGCGCACGCACGGCGCGUUCGAGGUGUACCGCAAGCCGUCGCGCGAGCCGUCGGCGGAGGCGGAGCCGGACGUGAAGGCGCUGCAGGAGCAGAACGCGGUGCUGCACCGCGUGUGCCGCGCGCUGUGCGCGGAGCUGGCGGACGUGCAGCGCGAGCGCGAGGCGCUGCGCGUGCGCCUGGAGGACCACUCGACGCCGGUGUAGUGGCGCGCCCACCCCGCACUGCACGGCACACUGCGCUCCUUGUUGGUUCGGUUGGACGCGUCGCGCCACAGACACUGGCAGCUGCCCGCCUCAUUGCGACGCUCGAUCAUUUUAUAGUCAUUUCAGAGUGCGUUUUGUUCGCUUCUCUUAUCGUCUACCGUAAUUUUAGAGGCUAUUUAAAAAAAAAAAACAAUUUAUACCGACUGCUUUUGCAGUAUGUUCUAUUAUGAAAUUCCAUGUUUCUUAAUUUGGUCGCAACAUUUAUCUUCAUUGUGGUUGAUCUUUUAUGUCAUUUAUGUUUAAUAUUAAUGGCCAACUUAAACGUCACUCGAAAAUGAAAGUUAUUGUAGAGAAUCACAAUGUUGUUCGAGAUACCCAUACAGCAAUAGUGAAUACAAAUGAACGUAGAAUACGAUUGAAGGAGAAUCCUGAUCGGCUUCCAAGUGAAGUCAAGCGCUCGCUGGCGUUUAUUUUUGUAACUAGUUUGCGUCAAAAAUAACGUUAUUAUAUUUUUGAAAAUUUUGCAUUUUUGUACAACGUGCGGAACUUUUGAUACUAAUUGUCGAUAUUGUGUUGAGCUGUGCUAACACCUCAACGAUUUUCACCCUUGUAGGUAGCGAUUUGAAUUUUCUAUUGGCAUAUUCUGUACCUUUGAACUGAUUGUAUCAUAAACAAUGGUACAAAACGCUCUGGUAGUGUAAAGUGAGAGUGGCGCUAAAGUUGCAUAAAUAGCAUUCCUUAUUAUUUAAUUUAUUUAUACAGUAUGCUUUGUCGCUGUAUUAAAAAAAAACAUAUGCUAUGUUCAAAUUGUGAAUGUUGUAUUAUAAGCAUUAGUGUAGCGCGUGGGAAAACGUGGAGAGCGUAAGAACGAGACAAGUUUACAAGACUUAAGCAUGCUGAGUACAUAAGUAUGUAUUUUGUAAGUAUAAUAGAUAGAGAAGACCCUAGUGUGUCCGACGGCUUCGUCCGACGGAACAACUAGCAACCGAAUGUUUGUGGAACACCCUGUAUCAUAUAAGGUUAUUGUAAAAGUAUUUAUCGUUUUGUUUUAGUUGUACGUUAAGUAUAUACCCUCGUAUCGCGUAUGCAGUGUAAAUAUGUUCCGUUGUCGAGAUUUCGAAGCUUGAUAACCCCACUGGUCAACGUUCGAUUUAAAUUUUGGUCCAAUUUUGUAAAACUAAUAAUGUCACCAUUAUAUUUAACAUUUAUGUUUCAUAAAAUUUAUACAGUAAUGCUUUUAAAUACUAUUGUAGUAAAUUAUGUACAAUAAACUUUAUUUCAAAAUUU